GGGUCCUCAGCAGGAAGGUAAACUAGUUGCUAUGAAGGGGGGACCGGCCACCAACGUGAUGUGAUUUCGGGGUGUUAUGGCCGGUCAUGGAGAAGAGGUCUCUCUAUCCCCGGAUCUGGACGAGGCUGACGCUGCAAUCGGGGGUUCUGGGGACCCUGCGCCCGGCCCCGCGGAGACCCCGCUACCUUCAGCACUAAGCUGCCGGGUACAAGCUCUGGAGGAAGAACUGAAGCACUGCCAGAAUGAGCUGCGCCGCAUCCAGACACAGCUGAGCCUGAGCCAGAGACUGCACCGCACCGCGGAGACCACCAACCAGGAGCUGCGGACACAGGUAGAGAAAUUAAGCAGAGAAAUCCAUGAGUUUCAAAGGCCUGAAAAGGUUGACCAGGAGGUACAGACAGAUGAUUAUUCAGCAUGGUCAGAUUACUACUAUUACCAGUCUUCCUACGAGCAUCACACCCACACAGAUACCCAUGAGGUGAAAGCAAGUAAUGGCACCGAGUCCACCAUAGAUACAUCACAGGCUGGGACAGACCUUCAAGAGCCUCAAGAAGAAGAAUCACGCCUGUGUGAGAAAGAUGAGCAGCAGACAGGUUAUACCCAGGAAGAAGGAGGAACUUCACUUGCUGAAAGCUUGAGAGCAACCGCCGAAGCAGCCUUGUCUCAGACUGGUUUUGCCUAUGAUGAGAACACUGGGAUGUAUUAUGACCAUAGUACUGGCUUUUACUAUGAUUCGGAAUCGCAACUCUAUUAUGAUCCUUCAACUGGGAUUUAUUACUACUGUGAUGUGGAGAGUGGUCGCUACCUGUUUCAUUCAAGGGUGGAUCUCCAGUCAUUUGUGGACCCAAAUACUCAGCCAAGCACAGAGAAGAAGACUAAGAAAAAGAAACACGAGCCCAGUCAACAAGAUGAUUACAAAGCCUCAGUGGAGGUGAGAACAUCGUCUUCCUGUAGCACAGCCCAUGACACAGUAAGUCCAUAUGACAGGGAAGAGUCUGCCAGCAGAAAUAAGAAGCCUAAGUUGAGCAAAGACUGUGUAGACUCCAGUUCCAGAGACAGCUCCUCUUCAGAUGACAGUGAACCCGAGGAGGGGGAGCUUUCUGAUUCUGAGAAGACGUCCAGUGAUGAAGAGGUGUCCAGUGCAAGCAGUGUCUCGACCCAUAACUCUGACCUUGAAGACACUGAGAGCAUCUGGCCUCCAUGUAUACGAGUGAUAGUAGUAAGGUCACCGGUGCUACAGAAGGGAUCCCUGUAUAUUAUAACAGCUGAGAAAAGUGCCACCAUUGGGAGAGAAAAGAACAUGGGCCAUGCCAUUCGUGUCGCAGAAGUCGGUGUGAGCAAGUUUCAUGCAGAAGUUUACUUUGACCACAGUUUGCAGAGUUAUGUACUUGUCGAUCAAGGCAGCCAGAAUGGCACAAUUAUUAAUGGCAAUCAGAUUCUGCAGCCUAAAAUAAUCUGUGAGCCUGUUUUAAUACAUCAUGGAGAUGAGGUCAAGUUUGGAGAGACUGUGCUUUCGUUUCACGUGCACCCUGGCAGUGACACCUGUGAUGGCUGUGAACCUGGACAAGUCCGAGCACAUCUGAGGCUAAAUCCGAAAGAAGAGUACUCGGCCUUACAAACUAUGUUGCGAUGUAUGUUACUAUGUUCAUUAUCUUCAUCAGCUGGACCAGUACUAAGCAAAGAGGAAAGAGAAAAGCAAAGACGAAUGGGACUUAAGCAAAUCCGGGAGAAAUAUGGCUUACAGGGUGCUGGUUAUGAGGACAACAAAGCGCUGAAGAACUCCAAAUACAAAGACCGAGCAGGAAGACGCCGUAAGGUGGUGGGAAGUGAAAGCACAUUCCAGAGAGAGGAUGCACCAGCAUCUGUACAUGUAGAAAUUAAUGACAGUAACAAAGGAAGACAGAUGUUGGAGAAGAUGGGAUGGAAAAAAGGAGACGGUCUCGGCAAAUCUGGGGAUGGUAUGAGAGACCCGAUCCACCUUCAGCUGCGAAAGAAGCAAGCAGGUCUCGGGGCUCUUAAAUCUUCUUCCAUUGAAGAUAUUCAGGUUUCUACUCAGAACCAAAAGAACUGGGAGAAGGCACGAGAGAGAUAUGCAGAACAUUUCCAGGAUGCCAAAAAGAAUGAUUCAGCGAAAGCCACUUGUUGGGUUAAGAGCACAGCACAUUAAUAUGAAUGGACUGUAUUUAAAUCUGUAUUUGAGGUUUUAUUUUAUAAAAAAAAAAGUUU